AUGGAAGGCUCCAAUGGAUUUGGGAUCGACUCCAUCCUCUCGCACAGAGCAGGCAGCCCCGCCCUUCCCAAGGGGGACCCCCUGAUCGGGGACUGCCGCUCACCCCUGGAGCUAAGCCCCCGAUCGGAAGGCAGCAGCGGAUGCUCAUCUCCUGCUUCGCCAAGAAGGGACUGUCUGGAGACAGGAGCACCACGGCCGGUAGGAGGGUCUGGCCAGGGUUUAGAUUCCCACCUGCAGCCCGGGCAGCUGUCAGCUCCGUCCCAAUCCCGCUCGGUGACCUCCUCCUUCCUGAUCAGGGACAUACUUGCCGACUGCAAACCGUUGGCAGCCUGCGCACCCUACUCCAGCAACGGGCAGCCCGCAGCCCAGGAGCCGGGGGGCCGCCUCUCGGCCAAGCCUGGAGAGGACUUUAGAGACAAACUGGACAAAGGUGGUAGCAACUCUUCUUCUGAUUCGGAGUAUAAAGUGAAAGAAGAAGGCGACCGAGAAAUCUCCAGCUCCCGGGAUAGUCCCCCUGUGCGCCUGAAGAAGCCUCGUAAAGCUCGCACUGCCUUUACGGACCAUCAGUUGGCGCAGCUGGAACGCAGCUUCGAGCGGCAGAAAUAUUUGAGCGUGCAGGAUCGUAUGGAGCUGGCCGCCUCGCUCAACCUCACUGACACGCAGGUCAAGACCUGGUACCAGAAUCGCAGAACCAAAUGGAAGCGUCAGACGGCUGUGGGUUUGGAGCUGUUGGCAGAGGCAGGCAAUUACUCAGCGCUGCAACGGAUGUUCCCGUCGCCUUAUUUCUACCCGCAGAGCCUGGUUUCCAAUCUGGACCCUGGCGCAGCCCUCUACUUGUACCGGGGCCCCAGCGCUCCUCCGCCCGCACUUCAGAGACCUCUGGUGCCCCGCAUCCUUAUCCAUGGACUCCAGGGAGCCAGCGAGCCGCCCCCUCCCCUGCCCCCACUCGCGGGCGUUCUCCCGCGAGCGGCACAGCCCCGGUGAGCCUCAGUCCCCAGCUUUAGCCACCCCCGGGCGCUAGUUCUCCCUCUCCACGCGGGCCGCGCAGCCCCCCACCUCACCCCAGUUCAUUGAUACCGAGAGUGUGGAGGCAAGGGAGAGCAGAAUCCGCUGCACGCCCAGAGGGGAGACGUCCUUUACCCAAAGCCCUCUUUUGGAAGAGUGGGUGUUGAAAAUCUUCCCUGCCAAGAGCAUAAACUCUCCCAAUCCCCUCAUCACUCCAGAACAGCUCCCCCACAAAGGGCCAAAGGUCAGUACUCCCAGAUAUGGCCAGUGGCUGACUUCCCCUGCUUCACUUCACUCAAACCAGCCGAGGAUGGGGUCAGUUUGCCCUAGCCGGGUUGUAUCUGGCUCUGUGCAUACAUUUUCUCCUACCGCUCUCCAUCCUGCCCCCACUCAACUUUCUCCUUAAUCUCCGGGGAAUUUGACCCGUAAGGCGCCUCCUCUCCCUGACUUUACCCCAGACUGGGUGGGUGGGUGGAUGAAGGAACCACGAGCUGCUCGCUCUGUCCUAUUUCCUUGGCUCCUGGCCUCCUGCUGUAUAUUUGCCUCUUCCUCCCCGAAACCUGCAGAAUGGGGAGGGCAGGGAGGAAAACGCAGACCACUGCUUGUACAGUGACGCCCCCCUCCCCUCUCCUCUCCGUCUCCCCCAGCGGGAGCACCGGCCGGGCCCAGAGGAGAGGCUGACCGGGUCGGGCCGAGCUGUACAUACCGCGUGUAAAGUGUAUAUGAAGUUAUUUAUUUGUGACCCAUGAGCCCGUGACCGUGUCCGUGAAUUUGUGAGUCUGUAGCCUGCGCCCCUACCCGCUCCCGGACGUGGCAGGAAGGGGCCAAGGAGACUUGCUUAUGCAGCCCCCAAUCUCCAGCCUGGGCCCCUGGGCCAGCCAGGUCCCUUGGGCUCGCGCUCUCUCUUUUUUAAAU